AUGAGAACAAGAAGCACCUCUACCACAAGACUGGAACGCACAUUCAACGAAAGACUCAUGAAGCAUCCGCUGGAACUGUCCGGUGCACAGUUGCCAUUCAGCUUCGUCCCGAAAGCCUCGCUAGACAAGGCAACGACCAGGGUGGACGAGUACAACGAGAAAUUGCUCAGAAACGACACGGGCUCUCUGAAUCGCCGUAGAAGUCUCCAGCUUGUUAUUGGCCCCUGGAGACCGCCAGUGUCCAAGCACAGUGAGUCAGCUGCUUCUGCACCGCCUUGCCGAGUCAAGGCCCGGAAUGGCAACAGACUGAAGAUCGGAGCUGAUGAACUGCGCUAA